AUGAAGUUCCUCGACAUUGUCCUUGUUGCUGUUCUUGUUGCUUUCGCCAAUGCAGCUGCUGUACCUAACCCCGAGGCUGCUUUGGAGAUUAAUCCUCUUGAAAAGCGAUGCAAAGGAAUUGCCCACCGCUUGCAAGUUGGUUGGUAUGAUAUUGUAGCAUGCGGGGCAUUCGAGCCCGCACACAGGGCUCUUAGGGAGCGCAAGAUGGAGGAUGUUCAGUCUUCAAGUGAAGCAACAUAG